UAUCGUUACUCGUUACCAUUUCAGUGGCUCACGCUAGAGAUGAGCGAUACUUGCGUUUGUUAUACAUACAUAUACACAUACAACAUUGCCAUUGCCAGCAGCUCGACAGCGAAAAUUCUAUUUACCAACACAAAAAGUGCAAACAAACAAACAUAAAGCGUGAACUUGAAAGCGCUCUGCGUGUUAAUAUUAUUUAAAACACGAUUAGUGCAAUUUAAAGCAGCCGCGUUCGUUUUUAUUGUUGAUUGUUUGUUUGUUUGUUUGUUUGUUUGUUGGGGCCGCGUUGAGGGUUCGAGUUCGUGUUUCGGCCGUUUGUUGUUGCCGUCAGCGAGUGUAACCGCGAGUGCGGGUGGCGUUGGGCUGCCCCCGCCCCCAACCCCCAACCAACGGCAUCGAAAUUGCAUACACCUAAUUGGAUUAAGCGCAGAUAAUAGCAGUAGCUAGCCAGACAGUGGCAAGAAGUCGAAGCCGAAGCCAAAGCCGGAGCUAGGCAGCGGCAGCCAUUAGGUAAAGAUGGCCACAACACAACAAUACUCGUUGCGUUGGAACAACUAUUUGCGCCAUCUGACCUACUCGCUGGACAACCAUCGCCUCAACGAUGAUUUUGUCGAUGUGAGUCUGUGUGUGGACGGGCGCAAGAUUAAGGCGCACAAGGUGGUCCUAUCAUCGUGCUCCUCAUACUUCAAAGAGAUAUUCAAGGAGAAUCCACAUCCGCAUCCCGUCAUUAUAUUUAAGUUUAUCAAAUUCGAAGAUCUCAACUCGAUAGUCGAGUUCAUGUACCAGGGCGAGGUGAAUGUGCAGCAGGAGGCAUUGCAAUCGUUCUUACAAACGGCCGAGCUCUUGGCCGUUCAGGGUCUAACGGCCGAGGAGAAGGAAAAGCCACAGUUGCCAGUGGUGCCGCUCAUAAGUGAACAUAAGCUCAUCAAGACGAUACCCAGCACGAUACGAGCAGUUAGCGAGCACCAGCAAGUGGGCGUUGCGGGCGUGGCACAAACGCAGACUGCGACACAAACCAUCGAAAUACCAACGGCAACAUUGUUGCACACAACGGCUGCGACGCAGGUGGCAACCACUGCCCAGUUGCAAGUACAACAGCCACAGCAGCAGCAGCAGCAACAACAGCAAGUCGCUCAGCAACAGCAGCAACAACAACAGCAACAGCAUCAUCAUGUACAAACCACACAAAUACAACAUAUACAGGUGCAGGCAGCACCACAGCAACAACAGCAGCAAGUCACUCAGCAACAACAGCAGCAGCAGCAACAACAACCACAGCAGCAACAACAGUCAGCAGGACAGCCACAACAUCUAACCAUUACAAAUGCAGUAACGCUGCCGGCAGCUAACACAGUUAAAAAGCGGAAGAUAACAUUCUCGGAUGACGAUGACAACAUCUACACCACCGAAACGGUCGACUAUGUCAAGGAGGAGCCGACCAUUGUGAAAGCUUCUGAGAUGACUUUCCUGCGUGGCGCCGUUAAAAUGGAUAUACCCGACUAUAUAGUAAGCGAGGUGGAUGAUCGUUUAUCCGAUGGCGCCACCCCACAAACAUCACAGGAUGCCAGCACAGCGGCUGCCCAAACUGUGGCCCAGUACUCAUCCGAAUAUGAAAUACUAACCGAGUCUGAAAUUGAAGAGAAAUACCAAACAGAAGCGGAAAAUGCUGAGAUUUCCAUCGAAAUGACCCGUCUGCUGGAUACGGCAACCGGCACCACAACUACGGCCACCACUCAAGCAGUAUUGGAGGAUGGGGGCCCAGUGUCCGCGGGCGCAACAACCACAGUGUCGGUGACGCCGGUGAAAACGGAUAACAAGGCCAGCGGCACAAACGAUUCGCCCAAUAAUAAGUGGACAGAAUGUCAGUUUUGCAAAAUGGUUAUAACAACGGUUAAUCUUUGGAGACAUAUUCGCACUCAGCACACGCCCCAACCGCCGCGCAAAUGCGAUCUAUGCAAUAAGAAUUUCAAAAACAAAUACAGUCUGCGCGAGCACAUACGCAUCUCCCACGAGCAAAAGGUCACCAGCAAGACGGAGAACUGAUGGACCGUCUUCCAGGUGCGUCGCAGCCUCCCAACUGAGACGCAGAUGCCGCAGCACCACCUCCAACACCAUUACCAGCACCAGCACCACCACCACAACCAUCAGCAGCAGCCGCAGCAACAACUACAGCAGCAACAUCCGCAGCUUGUGGCGCGCUUAAAUUAAAGCUGGACAUAGGCUGCGCAGAGUUAGAACGGGGGGCAACAGAGAGUGUGCGAGUGAGAGAGGCAGAAAAAGAGACAGACAGAGAGAGAGAGAGAGGGAGAGAGCGAGAGAUAGUGAGAGAUGUAUGAAGAAUUGCAGCUGUUUAAUAAUUACGUCCAAGUAAAAUUAUAGCAAAUGUAACUAAAAGAAAAUCAUGUAAAUCCCACCCCAUCCUGUCCAGCGCACACACCCACAAUCACCCAUCGCCACACACACGCACACAUACAUACAUACAAAUGUGGGUGACAUUGGAAAACGUUUUAAAAAAUCAACUUUUUCAUAAACUCAUCGGCAAAUUGUAUGAAGAGAAUUUUCCAUUCAUUUCAUUCGCAAUUGAAAGCGUUUUGUUUAUCCAGCAAAAAGGAAAAGGGACAAAACCUAAGCAUACAAUAUUUCAUAGAUAUAUAAAUGUCUAGAGCAGUGUCUAAGUAGCAAUGUGCAUGGAAAUACAUAUAUAUUUAUGUAUGUAUGUAUGUAUAUCUAUUCAUUAAUAUACAUAUAUUUAUAUUGUAAGAGGCAUUGUCUCACCCAAUCAGUCACGACAGUCAGUCAGUUGAGUAAGAAUAACAAUUGGCAAUUGAUUUGCUCUUGUAACUAUGUAUUUAUAUAUAAAUAUAUACCCAUAUAUGUUUCUUUAAUAUAUUUAGUCAGCCGACCAAGCCAUGUAAUUUAUUUAUUAUCGCGUUGAUUUGAUUAAACAAUGUUCAUCAACAUGUUUAUCCAAAUCUUGAUAUGCCUGCCUACAAUCAACUGAAUAGGUGAUAGGCACAAAACAAUACCAAAACAUUUCUC